AUGGCAUUAUACCAAUCGGACUUCUGCCAAUGGUAUAAGUGUCUCGAUUUUAUGCCAAUGGAUCUAAAAAGAAACUUUUACGCCAAUAUUGGGAUAAACGAAAAAAUCGUACACCACCGGUAUAAGAGUGGAAAAAAAACAAAGGUAUUGGGCUAAGUACACUAACACUUUCAAAUGUGUGGCUGAUCACAGCGAAACUAUUUGAUAUAUAAAAGUGCUAUUUCUAUACUACGUGGUCACAUUCAGUCCAGUUGCAAAUGUACUGCUGCUCUCUGAUGCAAAAUGGGGG